CGGCGUCGCCAUAAUAAGGAACGUCCUGCUUUCGACAGAGAGGGGGAGGAUAGAGCUGAGGUCUGGCAUCUCCCGGUAGUAGGCUAUAUCUACCAGGUCUUGAACACUAAAGGCUCCAACAGAGGGGAACAAAAUAAUAGAAAGAAAAAGGCUUCCAUCGUAGGAAGAAGGAAUCUCCACUCGUUUUAUGCCUGGUACCAUUACCGGAGAAGGACACACGCUGGUUUAGUGUUUUACCGAUACGGAUUAAUAAAACGCCAGACGGAUGUUCGCGAGGAGGGGCGGAGCACUCUGAAGUUGGAGACUACUGCCUACCGAGAGAAGCGCUUGUUCCCCCGUGAAGGUUCGCGCCCCCAUCCACAGCAUGAAGCUGCCGCCGUGUCUGAUGACGAUCCUCGCCGCGCUGCUCGCUCACUCCGCGCUGGGUCAGACCUGGGUUCCGUCCACAGGUCAAGAAGGUUCUUCUGGAGAUGAGUUCUAUGAUGAUGAAGACCUCUUCUCAGGCUCUGGAUCUGGCUUUCCAGAGAUGAAGGUCAACCCUACAGUGGUGGGUGUGUCUUUCACCACUGAGGAGGCCCUCCCCCUUUCCACCACCCAGGCCACUGGCCCCGCCCCCUCAGCCCCACCUGCAGCCGAGCCCAAUCCCAACCCUGACGCUCUCCCCACCCCACUACCCACUGAGGGAGAGGGGGAGAGUGGGGUAGAGUGGGAGAGAGGGAGGGAGAGGGAGAGGGAGAGGGAAAGAGAGAGAGUAAGGGAGAUGGAGCGGGAGAGAGAACGAGAGCGGGAGAGGGAUAGAGAGAGGGAGAGAGAAAAGGAGAGGGAGAGAGAACGAGAAAGAGAGAGACAACGGGAAAUAGAGAGGGAACGAGAAAGAGAACGUGAAAGAGCGAGAGCCGCCCAGACUACCAUCUCACCCCGUGGCCCGGCGGCUGUUCCCAUGGCGACCACCAGCACAGCGACGCCUCUGGCGGAGAGUGCGGCACCCUCUAGUGGCGUGCAGGACCUGGUCACCACAGAAGAAGAGGACGAGGAUGUCUACCUGUCCCCAGACCCCACCACCAGUAUGCCUAUGGAGACCACCACGGAAGAAGAGGACGAGGAUGUCUACCUGUCCCCAGACCCCACCACCAGUAUGCCUAUGGAGACCACCACGGAAGAAGAAGACGAGGAAGAAGUGACCACUACAGAGACAGAGACCACACCCCUCCCAGAGACAACAGCUCCACCCACUACGACUGGCCCAGCCCUAACUGAGAGGUCUAGCUCCACCCCCUUCAGGCCCAGUGUUCUGGUGACCACGCCUACUAAAGCCGCACCCACAGAGAGGAGCACACGCCCACAGCAGCCCUCUACGACAAUGAAUAAUGAAUUAGGGGUUAAUGGACCCAGCGGAGACUUUGAGAUCCGGGAGGAGGACCGUCGCCAGGGCAACGAGGUUGUUGGACGUGGCCGUGGCAUGGAGACUGGGGCAGAACCUGAUCUGAUUGGCAACACAAUUAACACAGGAAGUUCUGCCGCUCAACUUCCUCAGAAGAACAUCUUGGAGAGGAAGGAGGUUCUGAUAGCGGUGAUAGUGGGAGGUGUAGUGGGGGCUCUGUUCGCAGCAUUCCUGGUCAUGCUGCUGGUGUACAGGAUGAAGAAGAAAGAUGAAGGAAGCUACACACUGGAGGAACCCAAGCAGGCCACUGUCACCUACCAGAAAGCGGACAAACAGGAGGAGUUCUACGCAUAACACACACAGAGAGAGAGAGAGAGAGAGAGAGAUGCUAAUCACUCCAGCUCCCUUCCUGUCCUGUCACUUCACAUCUCCUUCCCAUCCUUCUCCCAUAUUUUCCCCCUCUCUUCUCUCCUAUGCUCCAUGUCAGUUGUUCCUGAGAGUGCCCGUCUCUCCACGGACUCAAACAUUUCUUUAAAAAAUAUAAAUACAUUUAAAAAAAAGAACAAAAAUAAAUAUAUCAGCUGGAAAAAAAUACAUAAAAACGUGAUACACAAUUAUUUUUUUUUUAAGUAAAUGUUGUUAUUGAUAUUAUAUGAUUAUUGUUCUGAUGAUGUAAUGAACUGAUUAUUUUGUAAAAACACAAGCUCUUAUCCGGUGUUCCAGCACAAUACUCUAGUGUCUGUUCCACGGAGCGAAUGAGCUAAGUGAAAGAGGGAUGGGGGAGAAGAAGGGACAGAGACAAACGGAGGAGGAAAGAGAGUGUCAUCUGAUUGGCCACACAGACACUGGGGUCAAAGGUUAGAGGAAAGGUCUCUAUUGUAGUGCCUUCCAUUGUCCUGGUGCUCUCUCUCACACACACACACACACACACAUGGCUUGGACCCCUCUCUCUGUGCUUGGCCAAUCAGAGUAGGGGAACCCUCCCACAACGCUCUGACAACCUCAGGACAACGUUGUGGCAGCAUUCACUGGUAGUUAGCAAGGGAUUCUAACCAGGGAUAUAGUGUUAAAUAAAAUGGUGGGUAAACAAACCUCUGGGGUAACAUAAACGUUAGCUAAUGCUAACAACGCUACCUGAUCGUAGUAGUUGCGUAAACACUGUUCACCAAGUAAAGGGGUGUUUAAACAACAGAUUACUGGGAGUGUUUACCCUUCGCUACAUCCCUGGGUUGUAUUCAUUAGGCACCAAACAAAGAAAACGGACUGAAACAGGGAGGACUACCUGGACUUAAGACUACCUGGUCCAAUAAGAAAUGUACAUUUCUGUAUUCCAUUGCAAAAUGCUUUACAACGUUUUCCAUUGUGUGUCAAUGAAUACGACCCUGGGGCUGUAUGCUAACACAGGGCUAGCGGCUAGCUGUCUGGUUUGCUCCUUUACGCUGUACAAAGGUGAUUAGUUCUAUGGAUAGUAAUAAUAACCAAUAAUAUAUCAAUGUUCUGGGCUGGUUGGUAAAUAAUAGUAAUAAUGAAAAUAAUACUCAAACGAACGAAAGGAUGUGUAUUUAGCGGUUUCAAAAGUUUAUAUGUAAAUAUCAUUGUUUGAAAUACUUUUUCUGUCGUUGUCACUAACCAGUCGCAUGAUCACCAUUUCUAUAUCACGUCAAUCUGUGGAGCUGUGCUCUUAACACACACACACACCCACACACACACACACAAGUACGCACUCACACACUUAAGCAAAUAUACACACGCCGUACAUGCAAGCAUGCGCUCACAAGCUCAAACACACACACAGAAAUAUAUCACUUGCGCUUCAUUGACUAAAAUAUAUAUAUAUAUAUAUAUAUAUAAAUCAUAUCACUCACUCAACUUAUUAUCAUCAUCCUCAUCACACAAGCUGGUUUCAGUACAUUAUUAAUAAGUGACUGAUCAGUUGCUGGUUGGUUAGAGUUUGGUCCGUUGUGUAAAGGCACAAGCAUGUAUCCAUCCAAUCCCCUGCAUGCUCUUUCUUUCUCUUCUACCAUUGGCUGUCUAUUUGGGGGUGGGCUGGUCUUUGGGACUGUGAGGGAGGGGCUUACAAUGCUGAAAGUGGCUCUUCAAGUAGAAGUUGUCCAUCAGUAGGUGUGGGGACAGGAGUUGAGGUGGGGGCUGUGGGUAGGUGUGGGGACAGGAGUUGAGGUGGGGGCUGUGGGUAGGUGUGGGGACAGGAGUUGAGGUGGGGGCUGUGGGUAGGUGUGGGGACAGGAGUUGAGGUGGGGGCUGUGGGUAGGUGUGGGGACAGGAGUUGAAGUGGGGGCUGUGGGUAGGUGUGGGGACAGGAGUUGAGGUGGGGGCUGUGGGUAGGUGUGGGGACAGGAGUUGAAGUGGGGGCUGUGCUUUCUAUCUAAGAUUGUAACAAUAACCAACACACCAGUACGACUGGACUAGUAGCUUCUAAUAUAUUCAGUACUGUAGAACAACUGCAUGGGAGUCAAACUAUACUAGUCUCGUUUGUGUGUGUGUGUGUGUGUGUGUGUGUGUGUGUGUGUGAGAGAGAGAGAGAGGGGUGUGUUCUGAGAGGAAUGUACUGUGGGCAGGUGUGUAUUUUACCUGCUCCAGCAGUUCUGACGCUCUUCCAUAGUCAGGUAGUCACACCUGUACCCUGUGUGUGUGUGUGUGUGUGUGUGUGUGUGUGUGUGUGUGUGUGUGUGUGUGUGUGUGUGUGUGUGUGUGUGUGUGUGUGUACGUACGCCUCAACUGCUUUGCCCCCUCUUUUUUAAGCAGUGAACACCUCACUCUUAUUUCACAUCUGACUCGUGUGUGUGUGUGUGUAUGUGUGUGUGUAGGUCUCACCUGUUCACUGCUGAAUGUGGGGCUAGUCUACUUUUUCACACACAAUCUGUCACUCACGGUCUGUUUGUCUGUAGCAGGACUGACUGACAUCACACAUCACAGACAGAACUGACCUGAACUGUCUUUUCUAAACUUACCUUCCAACUGUUAACAUGUGUUUGUACCCAUAUAAGUCUGCAUAGCCAAAUAAUAGAGAGAGAGAGAGAGUGUGUGUGUGUGUGUGUGUGUGUGUGUGUGUGUGUGUGUGUGUGUGUGUGUGUGUGUGUGUGUGUCAAGUUGGUGGAAGGCCACACCACACUGUGUUUGCUGUUACCCAUCCUGUUUUUAUACAUUUGCAUUUUUUAAGGCUGUUUCUGUCAUUGGCUGCUGAGCGCCGGGAGGCGGACCUCUGCGCCACGGCCCUGCCACUAAUUUGCCACUCUGUUCCAAAUAAAAGACCUCAUUGGUUAACA